AUGCCACUGGUAGCUGCCUCCUCACCUGUCAUGAUAGAGAACUGCCACUGGGGCAAGACCGUCCCGGGCGACACCGCCGGAGAUGCGCCCUGCACGGGCCUCACUACUCCGUCCGAUUGCCCGUACAACUUCUUCCGCACCAGCUUCGACAUCCAGGCCAACUGGCAGUCCAUGUUCAACAACCUGCAGACGACCACGAAGUACCAGGGCGACCCGCCGCUGGCCCGCCCUGGCGCGUGGGCCUACCCGGACAUGCUGGAGGUGGGGAAUUGGGCGGCCAGCUACGAGGAGGAGCGCAGCCACUUCGGCGCGUGGGUCAUCACGAGCUCCCCGCUCAUACUCGGCUUCGACGUCAACAACGACACCACGACGGACAGGAUCUGGGACAUCAUCACCAACCGCGAGGCGAUCGCCAUCAACCAGGCAUGGGCGGGGCACCCCGGCCGACUGGUCAGGACCAUCCCCGACGCGGAGGGGCAGCCGCAGAUGCAGUUGUGGGCGAAGCCCGUCGGUGGCGGCCGCACCGCGGUGUUCGUCCUCAGCAACGACGCCCGCGAGAGCCGCGCCGUGCCCGUGGCGCUGGAGGACCUGGGGCUCGGCGGGCGCGUGCGCGUGCGCUGCGUCUGGGGCAGGAGAGAUCUCGGUGCGUUCUCCGGAGCCUUCCACACCGACCACAUCGGCCCACACGACUCCCGGCUCUACGUGUUGUCGCCCGCCGAGGACUCGGGGGAGGCCGCCGCGGACACGCUCGCGUACGCCGCCAGGGCCCCCGCGGGCGGUGAGACGGAUGGCCCGCUGGACGAAGCCCUGGGCUUCCCGGCGCGAGGCGGCCGGCGCUCGAGGGCCCACGGGUCCGGGCGGGCGGCCCGAGGCAGGGGCGACUCCAGGGGCUCGGGCAGGAGGGCGGCGAGAGGCAGGGACGAUUCCAGGGGCUCGGACAGGAAGGCGGCGAGAGCCAGGAGCGACUCGAGAGGCUCGGACAAGAAGGACGAGGCCGAGCGCAAGGCGGAGGUCGAGCGCAAGGCAAAGGUCGAGCGCCUGGCGAAGGAGGAGGCCGAGCGCAAGGCGGAGGCCGAGCGCCAGGCGGAGGCCGAGCGCAAGGCGGAGGCCGAGCUCAAGGCGGAGGAAGAGCGCAAGGCGGAGGAAGAACGCAAGGCGGAGGAAGAGCGCAAGGCGGAGGAAGAGCGCAAGGCGGAGGAAGAGCGCAAGGCGGAGGAAGAGCGCAAGGCGGAGGCCGAGCGCAAGGCGGAGAUCGAGCGUUUGGCGAAGGAAGAGGUCGAGCGCAAGGCGGAGGCCGAGCGCAAGGCAGAGGCCGAGCGCAAGGCGGAGGAAGAGCGCAAGGCGGAGGAAGAGCGCAAGGCGGAGGGCGAGCGCAAGGCGGAGGACGAGCGCAAGGCGGAGGCCGAGCACAAGGACGGGCCCCCGAGCAAGGCCGCGGCGGGGCGCGGCAGAGACGUCCUCGACGAGAGCCCGGACGAGCCCGCCCGGAGGCCCCCAAAGCGCGACAAGGCUGCCGACGAGGACGCGGACGAGCCCGCCAAGAGGCCGCCCAAGCGCGACAAGGCCCGCGACGAGAGCCCGGACGUGCCCUCCAGGAGGCCCCCCAAGCGCGACAGGGACCGCGGCGCCGACGACAGCCCCGACCGCGGCGGCGGCAAGGACCGGCGCCGCGGCUCCCGCGACAG